AUGGCUGAGAAUCAAAACAACGGCCCCGAGUACGGGCGCCCCUUAAAUGGGGCAGGGGUGCUAAGAAUCUCCCGUUCAGCUAAGAUGAGAUUCAGUAAUAAUAAAUCAUAUAAAAUUGUCACUUCGAAUGUCAGGAGUAUGUUCGAAAGCGGUAAAAUUAAUAAUACAAUACGGGAAAUGCAGAAACAUGAAAUUGGUAUUUUGGGAGUAAGUGAAAUGCAAUGGCCAGACCACGGAAGCUGUACUAUAGACAAUUAUAAUGUCUACUACAGUGGCGACGAUGGAAGAAGAAACAAACAUGGUGUUGCAGUUAUUAUAUCAAAAGAACCCAAAAAUAUGAUAACAAAUGUCGUGUAUCAUUCCGCUCGUUUAAUAAUGGUGCAAAUGAAAGGGUGGCCGGUAAAUUUAAAUAUAAUUCAAGUUUACGCACCCACAUGUGAUGCUCCUGAUGAUGAAAUGGAAAUAUUUUAUGAAGGAAUACAAUCAUUGAUAAGAAGUACAAAGUCAAGAGAUUUUCUGGUGGUUAUGGGUGACUUUAAUGCCAAGAUAGGCCAAGGUACGGAUGAUGCUAUUGUUGGCAAAUUCGUCCUAGGCGAAAGAAACGAAAGAGGUGAUCGUUUGGCUGAAUUCUGCAGAAGUAAUAAGUUGAUUAUUUCCAAUACAUUCAUUAAACUGCCAAAACGAAAACUUUAUACCUGGAAGUCACCAGCUGAUACAGCAAACAAGGUCAUUCGUAACCAAAUCGACUUUAUAACAAUAAGCGAAAGAUAUAAGAACUCAAUAAAAUUCGCAAAAACUUUCCCCGGUGCGGAUGUUCCAUCUAAUCACAACUUGCUAGCUGUUACAAUCAAUAUCAAGUUCAAAACGACAAGCUCAGCUCAACCGAGGAGUAAACUCAAUGUACAGAAAUUAAAAAGCCCAGAUUUGAGGAUACGAUUUGAGAACGAAAAUGAAAUUGAAACGAAGUUAUUAAGUUUCCAACCCGACGACAUGUCCAUUGAGGAAAUAUCUAUGAAAAUUAAAAACACAAUAAUGGAAGUUGCAAAUAAUGAAGUGAGCGUGGUCAGAUCUAGAAAGAAAGAAGUUUGGAUGACAGAUGAAAUCUUGGCAUUAAUCGACGAAAGAAGUCGGUAUAAAAAUAAAAAUAAUCGCAAAUAUAAGGAUAUACACAGAUCUAUACGUGUUCUUAUUAGAAAAGCAAAAGAAGAGUUUCACAAAAAAGAAUAUGUGGAUAUAGAGGGUUAUAAAGAAGAUACGAUUUAUUUAACUUACACAAGAAAAUUAGAAACAUGA